AUGUCUUCCGACGCUAUGACAGCUCUUCCUGCAACCUUCACGCUGCCGCUCACGAUCACUACACCAUUUGUAGCGCCAUCAGACUGCUCAACACAAUGGAGAACGACGAGCGUGCAUUUACCCGUGACAAGCGGCACCUCGUUGAAGACGCCAAUUUUAGUAUAUGAACCAUCUACUUCUUGUUACCCAUCUGGCUCAUUUGACCUAGCGCCCGAAAACCGACUCAACUUCAGGCCUGGGGUAUGUCCAGAUGGCUGGGUAUAUCACAACAUGGCAGUAGCCAGUUCAGGGGCUUCAACUGCUUAUUGCUGCGACAGGUUCGUCAGCAUCUACGCGACGUCGAUUUUCGCGGAACGUUGCGGCCGAUACGCCUCUGCCUCAGCAUUCGGAGCCACUGUCUCUGGGGACAAGACUCUGAUGGUGCACGAAGCCUGGGCAGUGACUUGGUGUGCAUCCGAUACGCCAACAUUGACGCCUCAACUGCCCACUUUGACAAAUUCAAUGUUCAUGCCUGUUUGGACACCCGGUGACAGGAUCCCAGAUGGGAUAUAUGACCACGACGAGGGGAAGGACGGAAAUGCCAUGAGCAAAACCGUGCAUUUGGUUUUUUUGAUCGGCUUACCAAUCAUUGCAGCAAUCAUUAUUUGUCUUGUUAUAUGGUGUGGAGUUAGGAAGUAUAGAAGGAGUUCACGAAAGAAGAGAGAACUGAAGGCUCGACGGGGAAAGGCUGUCAGCAGGGAGGCGGCGUGA